AUGGAUGCAAUCGAUUUAAUUGUACCAAUCGUGAUUUUGUUAGUGACGCUGCUCUACCGCUUUAUUUAUAAAAAAACGGAACUUUCUCUCGGAAAACUCGAAGGGAAAAAUGUGAUUAUUACCGGUGCUAGUUGGGGGAUUGGAGCGGAAAUAGCAUACCACUGCGCAUUGAACAAAGCAUCAAAAAUAAUAAUUGCAGCACGUAGAACAUCUCUUCUAGAAAAAGUUUACGAUAAAUGCUUACAUCUCUCCAACAAUCAGUCCAGGAUCAAAGUUGUCACUUGUGAUCUUGGUAUCGAAGAAGAAUGUGUUCGAUUAAUUAGAGAAUCUCUUGAUUUCUUUAAGAGCAGCAAUAAUGACAGCAGAAUCGAUCUUUUAAUUCUGAAUCACACCCUCUCGAUUAUGGAGCGUAUAAACUUUUCUGAUCCCAUAGGAACACUAGAAAAAACAAGAAAUCUUACAAAUGUAAAUUUCAUCGGUUUCGCUGCAUUAGCACAUCACGCAAUCCCACACAUGUCAACACUGUCAUCAUCUUCCUCAAACUUUUCCACAAUAAUUGUAGUUACAUCUAUGUUCGCAGAAAUCUCAUUAGGAAUGUCGUGGGCAUACAGUGCCACGAAAUCUGCAAUAAAUUCUUAUUUCAACUGUUUACGAGAUCAACUCUCACACGCUAAACUUCCGAUUCGCGUCACUAUCGUUCAUUUGGGUGCCGUGAAUACUGAAAUAUGGAAAAUUAAUUUAUCGAGGUUUCCGAAACUGUGGUUUGGGAGUAAAUCGUUUAUAGCGAAAGAUCCGAGUGAAGCUGCUGACGUUGUUUUAAGGAGUGGAUUGCGGGGUGAAAAGAAUGUUUGGUUUCCGUGGUAUACUGUCUUUCUGAGAAUGAUUUAUGGUGUAAUACCGGAAGUUGCAAGAUCAAUCGGAAGGUUUAUUGAAGAUACACUUUUAGAAGAGAUAAAUACUUGA